ACUCGUUUUAGCAUUGUCGUAUGCUGUGGGCGGCCCAUGAAAAUUGAAUGCACUGUAGCGCUUAAUCGAAAUUCACGCUUGCGACUGCUUUCCAGCAAUAUAAAAGGAGGUAGCAGCUCUACCACAUUCAGUUAGAAGACGACCGUCAAAGGAGCACUUCUAUACUACAUCACGAAGGAAGAAAUCCAUACAAAAAGGGCUACUGUUACUAUGCAUAACGGGUGUCUACUGCUUCUUGCCUUUGUCGCGGUAUUCCAGCCGAUUGCUUCGUACACUGAGCGCGGCCUCGUUAAUGGAAGGCAGGAACGCUGUGACUAUCGGACAUCGGUGCACGACCCGGAACUCAACUUUCAUGGAACUUACCGCUUUAACAAACCUGCCGUGGAAGAUCGCCGCCUAAACCAGAGGGACGAUAUUCGUCAGCUCCGCCGUAAUGGAGUGAAGGAAGAAACACUUCGUAUCGCUUCAUCUUCAGACAGGCGGCUUGCUGAUACCGUGGAAAGGGAGAGGAUUACGUUGACGAGGUUUUCUAGCGAUCGCAUCGGAAACGACGCUCUCCUACGCCGCGAAAUUCGCAAUACACGUCCCGUUUCCAGUAACCGUGACGAGCGGAAGCAAGAAAUCCGACGUAAGCGCCUUUCAACAGCGCAAGAAUCCGACCAAGCUCGCUUCUCUGGCCGCCGAGAGAACAGCAGAUUGUCUGUAGAUGAAAACCGUUCUCAAAGACACGAUAACAAGCGCUUCAAUGAAAGGAUUUCAGUGGAAUCUCGACGAGAUACCCGAGACAAUGGAAUCAAUGCAGACAAGCAACGAGUUCGAGAACAUCGGGAAGUACGUUUUGAUACCAACCGAGCGAGAGAUAAUGGAGCAAGCAGUUUGAUAGAAGGUCGUAUUGCGAGAGAGGCUGUUCAAAAGAUGGACACGCGGCGUCCUGUGUCCAGAAUUCAACCGGACCGCAAUGCGGACCGUGAAACUCUUAACCGACGUUCCAGCAGGGAAAUAAGCUCGUCAACCUCGGGCGAUAGGGUAAAUCGAGCUAGUGACAAUGAAGGGUCGCGAUUCGUCGUCGAACAAAGACAGCGUGAUUCUCAGAUCCGACUAACAGUUGAACGAAGAAAUAACCGAGAUUCUGCCAGCCGCAGAGUUCUAGAUGAUCGUAUCUCAGAAACUCGCAGAAACGCUCAACAAGCCCCAUCUGCUGACACCCGAAGGGAAAUCCGAGAUACCGAAAAUGAAGCUAGACUGGCGAGAGCAGUAAGAUCCGUAGAUGAUCGUGUUAUCCGAAAGGAACUUAGUAGGUCCAGGAUAUUUAAGCGUGAAAUGGCUGCAGAAAACCAAAGGAAUGCUCGAAGCAUGGUGGCAUCACUAGAACGAAGCACUGAAUAUCGAAAGGACUCCAGAAGAGAGUUUUCAAAGCGAGUUUUAGAAAACCGUAAUAUUGAAACAGCAACUCGACAAAGCAUUCAUAAUAUUCGUGCAGCGGAAACACGGAAGGCAAUCCGAAAUCCCGAAAUGGAUUUCCGUAUCUUUGAAUUAAAUGCCAAACGCACUGUGGAAACCUGCGUUCACGAUCGAGAACCGUCGAGUGAACACCGAAUGUCUCGAAUCACAAGAGAGCGAUCACAGGAAAAUCGACGGCUUACUCGCAAUGUUCGAUCCCAAACUAUAAGAACUGAACGCGUUGAAGAAGACCGACAAGAAGCUCGUAACGUUGGAAUCCGAGCUUUUAGAACUGAGCGAUCUGACGAGAGCGGACGGGACGCUCGAAAUUUUGAGGUCCGAGCAUUCAGAAAUGAACGCGCUGUUAGAAGCCAGCGAGAUUCUCGCUCUGUUGGAACACGAUCGUCCCCAACUGAACGCUCUGAAUUCAGGACUGAGCGCACUGACGAAAGUCGACGUGAUGCUCGCACUGCUGGAAUACGAGCAUUCAGAUCUGGGCGCACUGAUGAAAACCAAAGAAAUACUCAAAGCGCUGACAUUCGAACAGAUGCUCGAAGUAAUGGAGUCCUUGUAUUUAGGACUGAACGAACUGAGAAAGGCCGUCAACAUGGUCGAGCUAUUGAAAGCGCUACUUAUCGUCGGGACACUCAGGGCAUUGAAAGGCAAACUCGUUCACUUGACCGUGUCACUGAUUCCCGUCGGGACAGUCAAAAUAAUAACAGGGAUGCUCGUAUCCAGGAAAGGACACUUGAAAGCCGCCGCAUGGUUCGAAAUAUUGUAUCUCGAGCUGAAGAUGAACGAGCUAAUAACCGAAGAGCUACUCGUAGCCUAGAAAGACACAUUCGAUCAAUGGGACGUGAAAGCUAUAUGGAAAGCCGUUUGAACCGAGAUUCCAGAACAUUCACGCUGGAUCGCCGAUCAGAAGAAACGAGGCGUGGAUCUGAUCGUGCGAUUGAACGUCAAGACAAACGCGACUCGCUUGAAAACAGGCGCAUUUUCACCUUUCAGCGAGAAUCGCGGAGGGACACCCAAAGGACCCUUGAUAGAGACAACCUUGCAAGACGACAUAUGGAAACUGAAUCUCGAAACAGCUUCGACACAGAGUUUGCCAGAAAGCGAGAAUUCCAGAGCAUGUCCAGGAACACCGCCCAAACCGAGAAUGAGACAACCAUGAUGAACUGGCAGUACAUUUUGUACACACUGCAAGGACUUUACAUUUGCGGGCUGCUGAUUCAGUUGGGCGGGAGCGCCGAAAAGAAAACCAGGGUAUCUUGGUGGCCGGCGCCUCAGCAUCUCAUCAAAGUGGAUUAAAUAACACGUCAAGAAUAUAUUUAUUAGUAGUAGAGGAUAGUAUGGCUAAAUGUACCUAUGUAGUUCUAUAGUUCUUACAGACAAGAUAGUUGUGAAUUGAUGUAUGCAAACAUAUUAUGUAGAGAACAUUAAAAUAUAUUGUCCGUUAUUAAAUAUUUUUUUAUUU